AUGCUGUGCCUAUGUUUAACUGUACCAGUACUGGAUAGUUUGGAAAGAGAAUUUGAAUACUUUGAAUCAGGACGGCUGCCUGCUGAGCUAAAAUCUUUGUUCAAGCUCAGCCUUUUCAUCCCUUCGCAGGAGUUAUCAACCUAUCGUCAGUGGAGACAGAAAGUUGUAAAAGCUGGUGACAAAGACUGUGAUGGCCAACUGGAUUUCGAAGAAUUUGUUCAUUAUUUAAAAGACCAUGAGAAGAAGCUCCGACUGGUUUUCAAAAGCCUGGAUAAAAAAAAUGAUGGUAAAAUUGAUGCACAAGAAAUCAUGCAGUCGCUGCGUGACCUUGGAGUGCACAUUUCAGAGCAGCAGGCAGAAAAGAUCCUGAAACGAAUUUGGAGAGGGCACCUCUGGGGCCCUAUUGUAUAUAUGGAUAAAAAUGGAACAAUGACAAUUGACUGGAACGAGUGGCGAGAUUAUCACCUUCUACAUCCAGCGGACAACAUUCCUGAAAUAAUCCUGUACUGGAAGCACUCCACAAUCUUUGAUGUGGGUGAGAGUUUAACAAUUCCAGACGAGUUCACAGAGGAGGAAAAGCAAACUGGGAUGUGGUGGCGACAGUUGGUAGCGGGAGGAGGUGCGGGUGCUGUGUCCAGAACAUGCACUGCUCCACUUGAUCGGCUCAAGGUACUCAUGCAGGUUCAUGCUUCCAAAUCGAACAAUAUGUGCAUUGCAGGAGGAUUUAGCCACAUGAUUAAAGAAGGAGGAUUCCGGUCUCUGUGGAGAGGAAAUGGAAUCAAUGCAAUCAAAAUUGCACCCGAGUCUGCACUGAAAUUCAUGGCAUAUGAGCAGAUUAAGAGAUUAAUUGGUAGUGACCAGCAGCCUUUGGGAAUUCAGGAGAGAUUGAUUGCAGGGUCACUAGCUGGACUAAUUGCACAGAGUACAAUCUACCCAAUGGAGGUGUUAAAGACAAGAUUGGCGCUGCGGAAAACUGGACAGUAUUCAGGAAUGCUUGACUGUGCAAAGCACAUAUUUAAGAAGGAGGGAGUUACAGCCUUUUACAAAGGCUAUGUUCCUAAUAUGCUGGGCAUCAUCCCUUAUGCUGGAAUAGACUUGGCUAUUUAUGAGACUUUGAAGAAUUCCUGGUUGCAGCGCUAUGCCAUUGACAGUGUGGAUCCUGGGGUGUUUGUUCUCUUGGCUUGUGGCACCGUCUCGAGCACAUGUGGACAGUUAGCUAGUUACCCAUUAGCACUUGUCAGGACACGAAUGCAGGCGCAAGCUACCACUGAAGGAGCACCCCAGCACACAAUGCUUGGACUCUUCAGGCACAUUCUGAGCACGGAAGGAGCAACUGGACUGUACCGGGGUUUAGCACCAAAUUUCAUGAAAGUUAUUCCUGCUGUGAGCAUUAGCUACGUAGUGUAUGAAAACCUGAAGAUGACCCUCGGUGUCACAUCACGAUGAGACUUAGAAAAGUGACUUGAAGCUGUUUAAUCUUGGGUGAUCACCCUGAGGUUUUAACCAUCUCAUUCUGUGAAUGUCAUAAAACACUAGUUAUUUAAGGACAAUGGGGAAGAGGGUUAAAGGGACCAUUCCCCAACUCAUCAGCAGAUUUAUUUUCUGAUUAGCCUUUCAUUUUUGUCAAAAGCUGUAUAAUUAAGUCUGAAUCUUUGAUGGAGCCAUUUUGUGCAGCGUUAUCACCAUUUCAGCUCAUCAGAUGAAUCAUCAAUCAUUCAAAGGCCACAUGGAGCUUCUUAAUUGUUUAAUGACAUGAUUGCAAAUAUCCAUGUAGAAAUUGCUGUUGGCAGUAAUAGAGGGUGAAUGCUUUCACAGCCUUAUGAUAUUCUGCCAGCUGAUUUAACAGUGGCACUGUCCUAAUUUUAAAAUAAGUGGGUUAACGUUACUGUUAAACAGUAAAUAGAGCAAUAUCAUGGGAAUGCUUUUUAAGUAUUCAUCCACUAGUAUUGCCAAUCAUCAUUGGUAUCUUGAAGUCAAGAAACAAAAUCAUUUUUUUUUAAAUGAGCAAGUUUGCAUCUGUGAAGAAUCCUAAUUUCCACAAUCCUAUGUAAUGUGGCCUUGGGUUCCCCUCUGAUUUGUAAUUGACAUGCACAACUGGAAAGUUCCAGAAAGGAUUCUGAUUUCCUUGUUAAUUUUGGGGACAAAAGCAAAGUCAUUCUUUUGACCCACUUGCACAUUUCCUGACGUUCAUUACCAGCUGAGUUAGUUUUAUUACAGUGUCUGGUUUUAUCAUAUAGUUCAGGUGUCAACUGGGUAUUUAUGUUAUUUAUUGUUUACAAGUUUUGAAAAGGCUUAAAAUCUGUGAUAAUGGAGGCUUAAUCUUCUGGUGAAGGAACCAAAUAUUAGGUCCAUAUAAGAUUCUGUUAGACCAUCAUGAGUGAAGUCAAACCCAGUGAUGGCCAUUGAAGUUUGUCAGAAAUCUCCUUCACUAUUUGCUGUGCAGGUGGUCAACUAUUAUCUUAUAGAAACCUUAAAUGACCGUCUUACAUUUAGAAAGGGGUUAAAUUAUUUAUUUUUAUACACCUUGCAGUGCUAACCAGAUAUUUAUUAAUAAAUGUGACCUAAAUGAGGACAGUGUGUGUGUGUGUUGCUGUCAUUUGCACGUCCUAUAAAUUAGCUGUUUUGUAUGGGUUUUAAAGCUUUUCAAAAGCCCUUUCUAAUGUGUGGAGGCAAUGGUUAACAUUAGUAUCAGUUAUUAGUCUUUUUUGUUCAUUCCAGACCUUUUUUGGCUGAGAUGAGGAAUGAAAGGAACAAAAGCACAUGUACUGCACAGGCCUGUUUACUCCUUUGGGGAUAACAUUUUCCAAUGUAGCAUAUUUCUGCAGCAGACUUCUGAGUAAAGUAGUUGAAAGGGUGGAAGUUAUAAGGCCACAACUUCAGUUCAAACAUAAUCACAAAGAUGAGCCACUUUAUUAAUAUUGUUUCAGUAAUUUAAAAUGAAGGCAUCUAACAUUCUGACCAUUUAUGAAAAAAGUAGCAAAUCUGAGCUGGCAAACUUUACUAUUUUAAGACAGUCUGAGAGUCAUCAUAGCUUUCAUGCAAACUACAAAAUGGGAAUGACUGUCUCUCACCUGGUGAAAGGCCCAAGGCACCUUGUAGACCGGUACUGCAAAUGUACUCUUGCCUAUCUUAGAUUUUGUGUUGUUAGGCCUGAUCAAUUACAGUCUGCUUUGAUUAGAAAAGCUUUUUUUUUAAGAGGGUGGUGAGUGGGAGGCAAAUGCCUGGUGGAAGAAGGCAAGGUGAUUUGAAAGUGUUGAAGGAUGUUGCAAACCCCUGGGUGUGGGGGGAGUGGGGGGUGUGGGUAUAUGCACAGAGCUUGAUGAAAUUUCAUGGUGAGGUGGGGCCUGCAGGAUUUGGGGACCAGAAACCAUAUCUAUCUGGUGAAAUGUCACUUUCAGCAGUUGUCUUGGGCUCCUUUAGCAAGACUUGUCCUUGUGCAUUUGUAUGUGAUCAGAACUGGGAGGGUUGAGGAGCAUGUGGUUUGUGCUAUACUUGAGCAAAAAAAUCUGUAUAGCUCAACUGUUAAGUGUUGUUUUAGCAGCAGCAGGUUGAAAGUCUUGUGCUGAUUCUGUUUUUAAAAAAGGACAGUUUUCUGAACUAACUUGCUCUUCGCUGACUGAACAACCUUUUUACAAGAUAUCAUUUUAGACCUACAAACUGAAAAUCUUAUUCACAUGUCUAAUAUUGGCUAGUAUGUGUUGUAAGCUGAGUUUUUGAGGCGUUUUCUUUCUCCCAUCUAAUUUAUGUAUUUAUUUUGGAAGCUUGUGAAAAGUAAAUUGUGUGUAACUUUAGUUGUAACUGUUUUUGUAAUCACUAAACUUAAAAAGAUCUGACCUAGAGCAUGGCUUGGUCUCUGCCUUGUCCAGCGUGUUUCUGUUCUAGCUGUUUAUGCACAGAAUUAACGGGGUGUGAAACUGCUGCCCUUCAACGUUCUGUGAAGUGAACAGGACACUCACCCCAUUUAUUUUGUUUAAAAAAAAACACUUCCUACUGGUACAGUGCUGCACUCUGGAAGUGGGCUAUAGAUUGUCUGCAAAAAAAAAUCACAGACAAUCUUCUUGAUCUGAUGCGCAGCCCUGGAAUCUGCACUGUUUACACUUUUUUGGAGGAGGGGAUCAAGGGAAUGAAGUGGCUUUGUUUUACAUGGGUGAUUUACUUCACAAACAUGUAGUCAGAUUUAAUAAAAUGAUAUUUUACUGGGACCAGAAGGUGUUUUUCUUUUGGAAGGUAAUUUCAUGUUGUGAAUCAGUUGAUCAUGUGAAUGCAGUUUUUUUUUAAAUGUAUGAAAGCUUUUUUUAAAAAAAUACAUUUAAUAAAAGCAAGACCUAUUGAUCAAUGGAGGUGGCCCAGGGUCUGUAAACUGUGGAUAUUGGUUUGUUCUCAAAGCCUUACAGCGUUAAAAGUGCCUCUGCAGAUCCUGACGUAUGUGUUUUCCCUGUUUGGGGACUGUGCUGUGAGCCCUCUUCUAUUGGUGCAGUAUCUCCAGAGAACAGGUCCAAAUGUCCUGUAAUGCUGCCGUUUAGCUCAACCCUUUAUUUCUUAACUGAGUUAAGGUCACUGUUUAUUCUGGGAUUUCACAGUGGAACCUGAUUUGCCAAAGGCAGCCUGUAAUUAAUUUCUUAAAUUAUGAAAUGCAAGCCGUGCAGAAUCAAUGCAAUCUGUGUUUUGUGUUCCUGUUUGUGUUGCAGAGUAAGACUGAUAAAUUGACCCUUUAUGUACUUACGUUCAGAUAGGGAACAGUCUUCUAAUAAAGUAAUUUCUAUGCGAA